AUGAGCAGGAAAGUAGACAACCCUCGUAUCAUUCUCCUUGACUGCCCGCUGGAGUACAAGAAGGGCGAGAGCCAGACUUCGGUGGAAAUGACUGCUGAGACGGACUUUACGAGACCUCCCCCAGUGCAUCCCAGCCUCUCCCAGUGCAUCCCAGCCUCUCUCAGUCCACUCCAGCCUUUCACAGUGCAUCCCAGCCUCUCCCACCUCUCCCAGUCCACCCCAGCCUCUCCCAGUCCACCCAAGUCCUCUCUCCACCCUUCACUCACCACCCAUUACUUCCCACAGAUUGGUGAUGAGUAUUUUACAUUUAUCACCAAGUGCCAGGACCCCAAGGUGGAGAGGAACCUUCAGGACGCCCUUGGAGUGGCCUGGAACUUGGCCCUGGAGCCCCGUCUGGUCCCUGGGGGCAGCGCGGUGGGCAUGGCAGUCUCUAACUUCCUACAGCAGAAGGCCAAGGGGGUGUCAGGGGUGAGGCAGUGGCCCUAUUCUGCUCUUGCCCAGGCUCUUGAGCUUCUCUCUGUACCAAGCACCGCCACGCAGCACCAGAGAGCCAUGAGUACGUAA